CGCUGAGCGCGUGACUGUGACGUCACUCCAGUUGUUUGGAGAAGCCGGAAGUGAAUGCAGAAAAAUUACAACAAACAGAGCGGGGGACAGUUAGUGGUCCACACGAAGAGCUUGGCAGAGACUGGACUAAAAGCUACUGCCGUCUAAUCGUCACACUUCCUCAAGAAGCACCAGCCAGCGGCAGAACCGGAUUGUUAUGUCCAACAUGGAAAAGAAUUUGUUCAACCUCAAGUUUGCAGCCAAAGAACUUCAGCGGAGUUCCAAGAAAUGUGACAAAGAAGAGAAAGCGGAGAAGGCCAAGGUCAAGAAGGUAAACAUAAGAACCAAUGUCUGUACUUGUGUGUUUAGGCUGGACCUCAAUAUGGAGCUUCCCCAAGGUCAGACAGGAUCAGUGGGAACCAGCGUAGCAUCUGCAGAACAGGACGAUCUCUCUCAGAGACUGGCCAAACUCAGAGACCAGGUUUAAAGAGAACCGGGUGUGUGUGAAAGAGAGAGAUUGUGUAUAUGCGAUUUUGUAAGAAACCUGGAAAUAUUGUCCUCAUUGUUUAUUUGCGUUUAGUUUUCUUUUUAUGCAGUUGAGGAUGGGUGUGCAGCUUUCAUUGUCCACAAUAACACGCAGGAAACUCAAUUAGACAAAAUUACAAAUGUUACAUGGUAACGCUGCUGUCAUCUGGUUAGUUCUGGGGUCCUGCUCUGAACUCAGUCAGUAAUAAUUGAAUUAAAGAUUAUUAUACAUUUCUUUGUAAUAGGGCUCUUUUUAUUUGCGUUCAUGUUUUAAUACCUGCUUGUCUUUCAAAUACCUUAUUAACCUACCACAUUAACCUACACCAGUGUUGAUAUCAGACAAAUGUUGAGGAAAAUUGUGACUUCUGUUUCUUCCUGCUGCACACAUGGUUUGCCUCUGCUUCGAAGGAUUGUGGGAAUUUGUCAUUUAAAAUGCAUGUGCUCAAGAUGAGGAUUUGAAUAAAGUCUCAUCAUUUUGUCCAAAGCAGU